AACUAAUCACCCCAUUUCAUUCGGAACAGCCUAUUUACGAUCGUUGAGCACCUAUGUCCUAUUAUGUGGGACAUGGGAGGAAAGAGUGGGCGUGUUCAUUAAACCAGAAUAGAAUGCACUCGAUCGGGAUGCAAGUCGUGUUUUAUGACGGGGACAAAGAAAACAAGUUUCUCCAAGUUGUCAGGCGAGCUGGCUCUUUAUUUCACGAAACACCGCUUGGGCACAACAUCUUGCUCUCUUUCAAACAUGUCCACUUUUAUUCUGGAAUAGUUAUCUGUUGUUUGUCAUCAUUUGAAUUAUCAUUUUUUCGCAUCAGCUCCAACAUUGUCAUUCAGCAAAUUUAGAAGUAAACUACUUCGUCACAAUAGCAUUGGGAUAUUUAAUUGAGCAAUUGGCGCAACCUUACACUUCUAGAGGAUAGUUGACCAUCUACAUUGCUUAGUGGAAAAUACAAAAUCAGAUUUUAAUUCGACGGCAUCAGCUAACUUAAUAUGUUUUAACCAUCGCAUUCCUCUGUUACUCCUGAGAAUCUCUAGCCUCAAGACAUAGUGACCGUUUUCAUUUUACACGAACCGUCAGCUUUCAUUUAAACCAAAUUUUAAAAAACGUGAAUCUCGGUUUUUUUUUUAAACCGCAAAAUGAUAUUGACACCGGAGGAUGAGCAGGGCAAGGGCCUACCAAGUCGGAUGACGUUCGCGGGAGUUGGUUCGUCUCGCACGAGUCUAUGCGCCUCGCCUGAUGACGAUAAAGCAGCUUUAGACGUCGAAAAGGAAGACAGCGAAAAUAUCGGCAAAGAUCCGAGUCACAGCGAUGAUGAAAGAAACAAAAGUCCAGUAACUAGUGGGAAUAAUGACAACGGAACGAGCGAGCAUGAGAUAGUAGAUGAUGAGGACGACCAGCUUCGAAACAAAAGUCCAGUAACUAGUGGGAAUAAUGACAACGGAACGAGCGAGCAUGAAUUAGUAGAUGAUGACGACGACCAGCUUAGAAACAAAAGUCCAGUAACUAGUGGGAAUAAUGACAACGGAACGAGCGAGCAUGAGAUAGUGGAUGAUGACGACGACCAGCUUAGAAACAAAAGUCCAGUAACUAGUGGGAAUAAUGUCAACGGAACGAGCGAGCAUGAGAUAGUAGAUGAUGAGGACGACCAGUUUAGAUCCGAUCACCAUGAAGACGACGUCGAUGCCAAGGUGGUCUCCAGUCCAAACCAGAACGACAAUGAUGUUAAUGAGAGGAGAACAGAUCCCGAAAAAUCCGAGGACGAAGAUGACGUCGGAAAUAAGCAAGAUGAGACCCGGUAUUCUGACAAUGAUAAUGUUAAUGGUGAUGACGGUAUGAAAUGCCCCACACCGCAGAACGAAGACGGUGUCGUAGACGAUUCAAGUUGCAAUGCCUUAUCGGAUGACAAACUUCUUUCUGUCAUGCAGCAGGACGAGCACGAAGCCGUCGAUGAUGACCAUCGUGACCCGUCAAUAUUUCAUCUGACGAACGAAUCAGCUUUGACCAAUCCAGCAUCGAAUCUCCAAGAUUCGAUGUCGGCAGAUCCUCAUCCGCCAUCUCCUCCUCCUCCUCCUCCUCACACCCUUGAACUCAACCAGCAGGGCUCUACUCGAAGUCUCCGAAGUUCGACGUCGAGACAGCACGGUGAAUCGAGCCGAAGAUAUUCUGACUCGAGUCAGAGGACGAUCAGGAGUGAACAAUCGUCGUCCGGCUCAUCGUCCGUCUCAUCAUCAGCAUCUAGUACCGAAUCAUCGUCAGGAAGUGAUUCGGGCUCAGGUUCCUCGGAUUCAAAUUCGGACUCGGAAUCGUAUUCAUCGUCCAGUUCGUCGUCAUCAUCGAGCGACUCGGAUAGCUGUUCGUCCGACAGUGGUUCUUCAUCUUCCGGAAACGAGUCCAACUCGAGCUCCGACGGCGAGAGAGAGAGUGACGAUAUCGACGCCGGUACGAAAUAUCGCAUUGCUUCGGAGAAAUACGAACGGGUAUCAAGUAGGGAUUCGGGACGGUCAUCGAGCUUUUCGUUUGCGUCUGCAAGACAUACAGACAUGGAGACGAAAAGGAAAUCCCGCGGGAAGCGUUUGCUUAAACAUGCGAAGUCGCAUCAUACGAAAAAGACGCAACACGGAAAGUAUAAGGAGCGAGUUGGAGAAGUACAUCAAGAGACUUGUUCCACUGUAUGCGUUCUAUUGUAACAUAAAAGACAUGAACCACCACAUUCCGUAUUCAAUUGAUAAUCGGUGAUAGAUUAUAUUUACUGAAGAAAGAAAACAAAUCACUGUAUUAUAUAAUGAUGGCUGCAUUGUGGUAUGUCUAGCCAUGGAAUUAUCCACAAUUAUAUAUAAAUAAACAUGCAUAUACGCAAUUUUUUAAAGAAUAACAUUACAAAUUAAAGAGAGGGUGUUAACUACGAAAAUUUACACAGUUAAAAGGCAUUUUGUUGUGCAAUUUAGAUCGACCGCUAGUCAUGCUAGUAGGCCUAUUCAGCCGAGGGCACAGACGGCUUAUGCCCCUAUGCCCCAUUGCCGUUUACAAUUCUACAUAGUAAUGAUUAUUGUUAUACAACAACCUUUUAUUUAAAAAAAGCAGAUUGAAGGGAAAAGUGUUAAAUUAAUUUGAAUCUUUAAAUCUCAAAACUACCAAAGAUCAUUCCUCUUUUUCAACUAGCAAUUUGACAAAAACGAACCAAGAAAUUAUAUCAGUAUAAGCCUAUUAAUUUCCCUUUUAAAUCGCAUAUUGGAAUAACAAGAUUAUUUCAUUUUAUGUUAUAUUAUAUCAAUUUUCCAAUUAGGCACAACAUUUGCCAAACUAUAUCGUAACAAUAUUUAAUUUUAUAAGAUUUUUUAAUGUUGUAUAUUUGACCUACUAUAUUUCUCUCACUAUUCUUGAAUGUACAUCAAUGGACGAUAAGAAAGUUAUAUUAAAUGUCAUAUUUUGUCAGUAACAAGAAUGAUUAUCAAGAACCCUAGAUUUGUUUUAGCAUUUGAUGAUUUUGAAUUUUCUUGAGCAUGGUUUAUCGUUAUAUAAAUUGGAACACAUUCGAAAUUCCGGAUUAUUUACCCCCCCCCCCCCGCACCUGGAAUGAUGUAAUCCAUACCUGUUUUUAAAAGUUUGUUUAAAAGGUGCCGAUUCUGUGGGUACGUAGGGGGCAGACAGCGCUUCUACCCUCCAUAAAUAAUUUCAAAAACCAA